UGAUAAGUAUUAAACAGUCCAUAAUUCCAUAUUGCAUUUUGAAAAUAAUUUUCUUUACUCAUUUGUCUUAGCCCUUCAUUGUUAUUUAUUAUAUUAAUCAUAUAUAACGUAUAGUUCACUUUCAUAAAUUUUACUUAAACGUUUAUACUUAUCUAUAAUAAGGUUUCAAUUAUACACUAGUUAUGCUUUAAUUUUUGUAUCUUCACUAAAUGUAAUGGCAUUAAUUCAUGCAGAACUGACUGCUACUUGCAAUUCAUUAGGAUGUGCAGGUCCUGAAAAGUAUUGCAUUGAUCCACAAUGUUCCGAGGCUGUUCGUGAUCUAAUCAAGUUUUUGAGACGCGAUGGUGAUGACCAUGAAAUCCGUCGCCAUCUUGGAACAGCGAAUAUUGUGGAGACCGAUUUGUUGCCAAUACUCGUUGAAUACUCAAAUAAUUUAGAAUUGUUUGAUUUGAUCAUACGGCUGCUAGUUAACCUUACAACGCCCGCAUUGUUGAUAUAUAAUGAACAGCCACCCACUGAGAAAACACAAAGCCAAUAUUACUUGCAAAUGGUGUUGCACUUACAAAAAUACAAACGAGCAUUUACAGACAUCAAUGUCUGGAAUGUAAUAGUGAAUAAAUUGGCAGAGGUCAUACAGGCAGAGUACCAUGAGAAGGGAGAAGAAAAAGUACUUUCCACAGUGAGACUUCUCAUUUUAGUCCGCAAUAUACUACAUGUGCCAGCAGAUAACGAUGCUGAGUGCAGACCUGACAAUGAUGCAAAUUUACAUGAUCAAGUUUUGUGGGCAAUGCAUCAGAGUCAACUCAUUGAUAUCAUCAUGUAUAUAACAUGUUCAGUUAAUGAAGAACGGUAUUAUUUACAUGCAUUAGAAAUUAUUUCACUUAUGCUUCGAGAUCAAAAAGCAAAAGAACUUGCAAAUGCAUCAGUCAAUCGCACUGAGACUGAAAAACAGAGGGAUGAACAUGAACUCAAAAUAGUGUUGGAUAAAGAACGAAAAGAAAAAAUGGAUAAGCUUAAAAAGUAUAGUGGAUCACGUCAUUCAAAAUUUGGUGGCCGAUUUGUUGUUUCUGGUAUGAAAUCAAUUGGUGAUAACGAAAUGGUUGUUUCAUCAAUGGCAUCUAACAUAAAUAAAGCUUUUGACCGUUACAAGAAACCUCUUAAGACUCCUCGUAAUAGAUUACCCCUGAGAGAUGUUGGUAUAGAACGGAAAUCUGCGUUUAGUGUUAGACUCUUCUUAAAAGAGUUCUGUGUUGAAUUUUUACAUGGAGCGUAUAAUAUGUUAAUGAAACAUGUCAGAGAAAUGUUGGUACGUUCAAAAGGUCAGCCUAAUGAUGAGUCAUACUAUUUUUGGGCAAUGCAAUUUUUCAUGGAAUUUAAUCGCAAUUACAGAUUUGAAAUUAAAUUAGUUAGUGAAACUAUGGCUUUAAACAUAUUUCAUUUUGUGCAAGAACGCAUUGAAGAGAGCCGUGAAAAAUUGAUAACUGAUAAGAAAAAAAUUCCUAUUUGGUCUAAACGCAUGCAUUUAGGACUUAAAGCUUAUAAAGAAUUAAUGGAAACACUCCUUGUGAUGUAUCAAAGUAAAAAUCCAACGUUAGAAUCAAGUGCUCGGACAAUUUUAACUAAUUUAUUUUACAUGGUUGAAUAUAGAGAUUUGCUAUUGGGAUUGUUAAAUUUAUAUGAUGAAGUAAAAUUUUCACGAGUUUACCUCAAAGAUGUUAUUGAAACGAAUCAUGUUUUUAUGAAACUAUUAGAACAUCUAGGAAAAAAACAGCGUAAUCUGAUUGUGCAAUGUAAAUCAAGAAAGAAGACUUCCAAAAAAUCUAAAACUGCUACUCAAGUUACUCUAGAAAAUGAUAAUAGUAUUUGGGAUAAUUUCAGUCCAGACCUUAAAGAAGUUAUUCAGAUACGUGAACUAGUUGUUAAUGCUAUUGAAGCAAGACCUUAUGAUCCUAUAUCAGAAGUGCCAAUGGAAGAUCAAAAAGUUGAAACAAUGAAACGUAUACAAAUGCAUAUAAGAAAUAAACGUUUGGAAGAAUCUGUACAACUAUUAAGAGCUUCCAGGGAAGUUUGGCCUGAAGAUGAUUAUUUUGGAAAACCGGGGUUAAAUAGCGAUGAUGAGUUAGACAUUUUAAAACAAAUAUUCUUUGCUGAUCUUGGAGCGCCCACAGGUUAUGAUGAAAACAUUACAGAAUCUAAUGAUUUAAAUGAUACCGAAAAUAUCAAUGAUGUCGAUGAAGAAGAAGAUUAUGAAGAAGAAUCUGGCCAAAUUAGAACAGAAGAAGCUAAUUUUGAAUUCUUAGAUUUUGUAAAAAAAUUUGCGAAACCAAAAAUUUUACAAAGCUGCUGCCAACUUUUGAAAGAGUUUGAUAAUAAUUCUAUUUAUACCAAUCAUGCAGUAGUGAAACUUCUCCAUCGUAUUACGUAUGACUGCAAAUAUAGUGCUUUGAUGUUUCAAGCUUCUGUUUUUCGAGUUUUUCAAAAAAUAUUUUCGUCCAAAAAUCCUAGUCAUAAAGAAUUAAAACAUUUUGCUAUAUUUAUUAUGAGAAAAUUCACCGAAGUAGCCAAUAAAAAUAAAAAAGUAUUUAUAGAAUUAUUGUUCUGGAAAGAUUUAAAAGUGGCAUAUGAAAUUGAAGAAGGGUAUGAUGCAGAUCAAAAAAAUAAAUCAACAAAUUGGAACGAGGAACAAGAAGAUGAGUUACAUAGACUUCAUCAAGAAUAUGCACAAGAUAUGCCCGAUGAAGAUGAAGUAGCUUGGAUAUGCAAAAACUUAAUUAGACAGGACCGUUCAAGAAUAAGUGUUAUUAAAAAACUCAAACAGCUUGAAAUUAUACCAAUAAAAAAAGCCAAAAAAAUAAUCAGAGAAUUUUCUGAAGCUGAAAUUGUUCAAAUUACUCAAUUAUUCCAAGAAUUCAAGGAUGCAACCUAUCCAAUAAAUUUAAUCAUGAAUAAAUUAGAUGUGAAACGUCCAAGAAAUCACAUAAUUGAUAAGAUGCUUGAAUUGGGUUUAAUUAGAGAUCGAAAAGAGCUGAUGAAUAAAAAACCUAAGAAUUCCAAAUCCAUCAAAAAUCAAAAUAAGUCAAGUGAUGAAAGUAAUAAUGAUUUUGAUUCAGAUUAUGAUGACAAUGAACCUACUUACCAUAGUUUAACCUCUGUUUAUGUAUUAAAUGCAAUUAAAAAAAUAAUCAAUAAGGAUAUGAAAACAGCUUUGCUGUGGUUAGUGGAAAGCUUGGACGAGGCAGCUGACGAUUUGGAUGUAGACGAAUCUGACAUUCCCCUAUUGCCAUUGUCUGAUGAAUGUAUGACAGCUGUUAAUGAUAUUGAUUUUCAAGAAAUGAUGCAAAUAUUAGGCUUACACAGACCUUCAAGUAUUCAGGAAACCUAUUGGCGUAUACCAGGUAGAUGGCAAGCACAUGAUAUCCGCCAACGAUCCAUAGCUAUCACGAAUGUGAUUGAAGGUAAUUUUGUGACUGAUGAAACAAAUACCACCAGUAAAGUUGAUGACAGUAGUGAUGAAGAUGUCGGAACAACAUUUGAUAGGAUAAGGAAAUCUCUAGCUCAAAAUAGUGUAAAUGAUGAUCGGGAAACAACAAAUACAAAAUUGGAUAAUCCUAACAAUAGUAAAAUAAAGGUUGGAUUUAAAAAAAAAAUUAGUCAUAAUAGAAAUACAUUUUUAUUAGAGGAUAGUGAUGUUGAAGAUGAUGUUACUCCCAUAAAAGUACUUUCGGACAACAGUAACAAUGACAUUAAUAGUCAAAAUAUUUCAAUAAAAAAAUUAUUAGAAGACAGUGAUGAAGAUGAUUUGGAAAAAAAAAUUGUUUCAAUGAAAAAAAAAAAGGCUUUGUUUGAAGACAGUGGUGAAGAAGAUGAAGAAGUUAUUUCUAACCAAAAAGAAAUACCAAAUCAUAUUACUUUAGAACAAGUUGAUAGUGACACAGAUGGUGAAAAAAAUGCUUCAACUGAAAAGAAAGUGGAUACCUUAUUAGAAGAUGUUACAGAUUUUAGUAUAAGAUCUCAAUUAGAUGGGAGAGAUGAAGGUUUUGAUAAGAAUAACAAAAGAAAGUCAUUGCUGACAAAUAGUGACUCUGAAGAGGAAAUUGGUGGGUUUAUAAAAAAGACCAAAUACUUUAUAAAUGAUGACAGUGACUAAGCAUGCCAAUUAACUUUUAUUUAUUUUAAAAGUAUACUAUAAUAUAUUAAAAUAACAAACAGUUUAAAAAAGGAAAUUUAUAUAUAAUUAUUAUGUACGUGUGUAUACUUGUACAAUGAACCUGUGUACCUUGUACAGUAUAGAUAUUAUGUUCUUUCCUAAUAAUUUCCAAUAUGCCCUAUUUCAUCUCACGUAUUAUAUGUUACUUUUAUUAAUCAAUUAUACAUGAUAUAUAUAUUAAGUAUAAAAAUGUAUAAUAUUAAAUAAAUUUUUAUUGUAAUAAAA